GCCGCUUGUUGAUUGGCCUUCUCGUUAUCAGUGUGACGCCGCUGCCCCUUCCUGACCCGCUAUGAAACCAUCGCCGACGGGACCAUGGUGCACCGAAGUUCGAUCAGAUGUGUGGCGGUCGCGAUGCCGUCUGCUGUGGUUUGUGUAGCAUUGGGUUUGGCCAUCUUGGGUCAUCCGUACGUCAGCGCAGAAGUAGCGACUAACUCGUCAGAAUGUGACGAGCACUCUAAACAGUGUGCGGACCUCUACAGCUGCCAGCCGCCUGAUGAGCGGCUGGUUGUUCCAGAGGACGUUGUGCUCGUGUUUGGAAACACUGGCGCGGGUAAAUCAACAUUGACCAAGCUGCUCACGCACGAAGACGCUGACAUGGAGUCGUUGUACGUCGACAAUCAAUAUCUGAUCAAGGGUGACCGCAUUGGCAGUACCAUAGCAUCUGUCACGAGGGUCCCUCAGCUGAUCACUGACAAUGCCACGGGCACUCAUUACUACGACUGCCCGGGCUUCGAGGAUACGAGGGGCUCUUGCGUGGAGCUCUCUACCACGUACUACAUGAAGGAUUUAACGCGCCACGCCCGCCGAGUCAAGGUGCUGCUACUGGCGCCGCACUACGCUGUCACUAAGGGCAAGGACCGAAUCGACUUCAUCAAGAUGCUGCUGCAUUCCGCAAGAAUUCUACGCGCAGAAGGCAAGUUUGAUGCGUCCGUCGCGCUCGUCGUCACCAAGGUGGACGCCUACGUCAAGCGCCGUGGGCAGUUCGUCGUCGUGGCCGACGACAUGGUCAAGCAGGCCGUGGCGAGCUUCCUGCACGACGAGGUGCUCUCAUUCCUCGCGGGCAAGAUAAACACAGCGGUGCUGCCCGGGGACGUGGAGGACUACCGGCGAGCGGUCGCGCUCGUGGAAAGUUUUCUCUAUCAGGACGACACGCUCAAUUACAUUCGUAUUGGCAUCUUUCGGGCUCCAGAUGAAGAAGGCCUUCUCAGCAAUAUUCAAAUUAUGGAGGACAGCCGAAAACAGCUUCUUGAAUUAGUCCACAAGAAAUUGAGUUACUCGGAGGUGAAGCCUAACGACUUCGGCUUCUCCGUGUCCGAGCGCACCAAGUUAUUCGCCCAUAUACGAUCUCGGGACUUGGAGGUUGCAAUCGACGGCAAACUCUCGGUGCUCGGCCGAACGUGUUCGGAAGCCGGCUCACUUCAGUCGUAUGACCCCACGGACAUUCCAGCCACAUUGGAGCGUUUCACUAACUUUAGUAAAGAGAUCGACACCUUCGCUGCCAGUCUGAAAAGUAGCGGCAGCGUGCAGGAUUUCUGCGAGCACCUGGGCCGUCGUGGCGCGAGCUUUUCGCCAGAGCAGCGGCUUCUGACCGAGGGGGUUACGGGUGACUGCGGCUACCUCGACGUGCUGCAGGUGGUGAGCGACAAGCCCCUCCUGGAUCCCAGAGCUGCCGUCAAGCGGUGGACUGAGCCUCUCGACAAGGCGGCCGCCGACUUGGCCGCCCGCGCCGACUGGCACCGCUUCCUCGUGUCCGCGUACGAGCGGCUCACGCGCCACGAACAACAGGCGCACCGGACCAACAUGCCCGCAGCAGUCGACAACCUGGCGACACUGGAGACGGAGGCAAGACGCUUGGGCCUAUUCUUGAGCCGCUCGUCGACCGACUUCGCCAACCUGACAGACCUAGACGCCUUGCUGGCCCGCGUCCGCCGCGCCCCUGAGAGCGAGUGCCUCCCCAGCGGCAUCCUCGUUGUGCGCGGCGACACCGUUCUUCUGUCGGAGGUCGCGGAAGCUCUCAAACAGUGCCACGGGCACAUCCGGGCCAUCGAGGUGUACGCGCUCAACACCGUGUUCGUGGACGCCAGCCUGCGCCUGCCCGGCGGGUCGCUGGUGAUCAUCGCCCCACGGUGGGAGGCCGUCGGCUACCCAGUCAUCAACCUGGACGGACAGGACGGGGAGACUUUAGUCGUCUACAGGAGAGCAAACGCUGGCCAACGUGGUGAAGAUGGGCAGCCCGGACUUCCGGGCAAACCGGGAGGCCACUUCAUCGGCUUUGGCAAGGACUUCACCGGCACACUGCACGUCUCCGUGAGCGGUGGCGAUGGCGGGCCAGGGCAGCGCGGCGGUGACGGUGGCGCCGGGCAGAGCGGUGGCGGCAACGGCGGCAACGGGGGGGACGGCGGCGCCGGCGGACUCGGCGGGCAGCCGGGCUCUGCUACGCUCAUAAACCUGGGUGGGAAGCCGAUAUCGCCGGAGACUGCCGUACUAGAGGUCCAUUCCGGCGCGCGGGGGACUGGGGGCCGCGGGGGGCUCGGCGGCGACCACCGACCGCAUUCGUUGUGGCGUCGGCGCAGGAAGCGCUUCGUCCUAACCGCCUUGGCGGUCAUCGGUGGCAUCGCCGCUGCCGGCGGCGUCGCGUAUGGCGUCGCCAAGGCGAUGGAGCCCCCACCCCGUCCCCCUCCACCCCCCCGCCCUACUUACUACGACGGGGCCCGCGGCAGGGACGCCGCUGUCAUUGGAGGCAUGCUCGCGGCUGACGCCCCACUCGCAGCCCCCUGGAGUGACGUGCCGGCGCGUGCUGAGGUGUACUUGAAGCACAACCUGAACCACCCGUACCUCAGGUCACGCCUCCAGGCGUUCUUUAAUGACCUGACCCGGGACGAUAGCUUCACGGCACUUCGUAGUUCUUGGGGUUCCAAUUUUGAUAGAAUGGCGGAUUAUGCAUGAUUUGAUCCCUAUUCCAAACAUGCGUUAAGUAUGACGAAACGUCUGUACUUUACUGAUCAGGGGCUCGCAACGCAGUGCUGAGGCCGGGGCCCAUGCGCGAGCCCCGGAAGUCGCCGCCCGGACGGCGCGGACCGGCCGUUCAAACCGCCGCUCAGUGCUCCUCACUGUAGAUUUGCUAUUUUUAAAAUACUUUGCCAUGCAAGAAUCGUUUCAGAAAGUGUAUAAUACGUUACCUCAGGUCUCAAGGAUAUAGAAUCUAACAAGAUAUCCCCUGUUUGGCGUCUUUUAUUUUGUAAAUGAACAAAACUAUUUGCGAUCGAUGCGUAGACUCUGUCGCACUGGUCCAAUGAUUUCAGUAUUUCAGGCGAAAUGACGCCCGACCCACAUCAGGCCUUCGAUAUAGAGGUAAGAGACACAAUGGCAAAGUGCUUUAUAGGUAGCUGAUGUCGAAUCGGUACCUCCAACAUUAAAAAUAACGAUUAUAAAGCCGAGCCCAUCGUUCGGCCCCUAACCCCAACUCAUGUUUAUCAACAUUUUGUAAAUGUUUACACUUUUAUUUACACACGAGGGUGCAGCCUAUCCCGGGCCAAAUUCUAUAAACUUUCACACUUUUGUAGUGUCAUUUGUGUACUUACUGCGGUUUUUCUCAAACUUUCUACAACACUCAGCACUGUAGCAGUUAGCCCUCUCCCGGCCGAAGCCUAAAAAAGCUCAAAUUUGUUGUUUUCCUUUGUGAUCGGCGAAAUAACGUUUUGAAUACGUAAUAAAACUAAAGUUUACUUCAGACACACUCUUUCAAAUCGUUGUUUCAAUCCAGAGGCCUUGAUAACAUGAAUUCUUCGAGAGAUAGUCGGUGUCCGCUUGGAGAGGUUAGGAGGUUAUGUUGCACCUAAACUCGCAGACGUCGCAGAGCAUUCACCGAACAAAAAUAUACAAUUUCCAGUGAUAUCAGCGUUAAUCUUUAAGAACACAGUUGUUUCCUAGUGUAAGUAUAUUGCUCUGGUGUAAUAUGACUGCUAUUUCGUCACAAAGAAAGGUAAAUUGCAAGUUUGAAGCUUUUUUAGGCUUCGGCCGGGAGAGGGCUAACUGCUACAGUGCUGAGUGUUGUAGAAAGUUUGAGAUAAACCGCAGUAAGUACACAAAUGACACUACAAAAAUGUGAAAGUUUAUAGAAUUUGGCCUGGGAUAGGCUGCACCCUCGUGAGUAAAUAAAAGUGUAAACAUUUAUAAAAUGUUGAUAAACAUGAGUUGGGGUUAGGGGUCGAACGAUGGGCUCGGCUUUAUAAUCGUUAUUUUUAAUGUUGGAGGUACCGAUUCGACAUCAGCUACCUAUAAAGCACUUUGCCAUUGUGUAUCUUACCUCUUUAUCGAAGGCCUGAUGUGGGUCGGGCGUCAUUUCGCCUGAAAUACUGAAAUCAUGGGACCAGUGCGACAGAGUCUCCACAGCGCUCGCAAAUAGUUUUGUUCAUUUACAAAAUAAGAGACGCCAAACAGGGGAGAUCUUGUUAGAUUCUAUAUCCUUGAGACCUGAGGCAACGUAUUAUACACUUUCUGAAACAAUUCUUGCAUGGCAAAGUAUUUUAAAAAUAGCAAAUCUACAGUGAGGAGCACUAAGCGGCGGUUUGAACGGCCGGUUCGCGCCGUCCGGGCGGCGACUUCCGGGGCUCGCGCAUGGGCCCCGGCCUCAGCACUGCGUUGCGAGCCCCUGUACUGAUGAAGGCAUGUUUCUAAUGUGGAUAAAAUUUUAUUAUAUAUAUUGUGUACGGAGCUUGAUAAAUAAACCAAGAGAAGUA